AUGACCUCCUUCACCUACGACGUCUUCCGCGGCUCCGCCGAGGGCAAGAUUGUGCCCGCCCAGACGACCAGCGAGCUCGGUCACGGCGAGGUCUUCAUCGAGACCACCCACUCCGGUCUCUGCGGUACGGACGAGCACUACCUCAAGGCCGACCAGGUGCUGGGCCACGAGGGUGUGGGUAUUGUUAAGGCCGUGGGACCCGGUGUCACCGACGUCAAGGUUGGCGCGCGGGUUGGCUUCGGAUACACGCACAGCGUCUGCGCCAACUGCGAUAACUGCGUUACUGGAUGGGACCAGUACUGCCGCAACCAGAAGCAAUACGGCUUCCACGACCUUCACAACGGCACCUUCAGCUACGGCGCCAUCUGGGACGCCAAGUGCGUCUACCCGAUCCCGGAAGGGUAUGAUUCCGUCAACGCCGCGCCGCUGAUGUGCGCCGGCGCCACCGUCUGGACCGUCCUGUCCGAGUACGGCAUCAAGGCCACCGACCGCGUCGCCGUCAUGGGCAUUGGUGGGUUGGGCCACAUCGCCAUUAAGCUCGCCGCCGCCAUGGGUUGCCACGUGGUCGUGCUCUCCAGCUCCGAGGGCAAGCGCCAGGAGGCGAUGGAGUUCGGCGCCUCCGAGUACCACGUUUUCCGGUCCGGCGGCCCCGUCCCCGAGGGCUUCAAGCCCGUCAACCACCUCCUGCUGUGCGGGAGCGGAUCGGUGGAUUAUCCUUCGUAUGUUGCCUUCAUCCCACUGACUGUAUCGAAAAGGCUCAUCCCCCUCAUGGCCACCCACGGCAGCAUCUACCCGCUGACCGUCGCCUUCGAGCCCGCCCGCAUCCCCAUGCUCGACCUCGUCUGGCGCGGCGUCCGCAUCCAGGGCUCCCUCGUCGCCUCCCGCAACAGCAUCCGCUCCCUGCUCGAGUUCGCCGCCCGCAAGAACAUCGUCCCCACCGUCAUGACCUUCCCGCUCACCAAGGAGGGCAUCGAGGACGCCAUGGAGACCCUCCGCCAGGGCAAGAUGCGCUACCGCGGUGUCUUGGUUAAGCCUUGA